AUGACUUUUGUCUUGACUUGGAGCGUUUCUAUUGCUGUGGCCGCGGUUACUGAUGGCGGAGUUCAAUUCACCAUUAUAAAUCACACCGUGGACACCGAACCGACGUCGGAGGGCAACCUGUCCUGGGUACCAUCAGCGGAUGUUGUGGCAUCCAAUCUCAAGACUCAGAUGAGCAACAGUCUCACCAAUGCGGCUGCGAAUGCUAAUACCAACUUGAUGAACGUUCUCGCGAACCAGCACCGCCUGUAUCUCCCGGCCAAGGGGCAUUUCCUUAUGCAUGACCCUGUUUUCAACAGCAAGGGCGACCUUUUGGUUGGACUGGAUUAUAAUGGGUAA